GGCGACGGCCGCGAAGCUGCGCAGCCCAGGUUUCCAGCCGGGCUCCUUUUGCGCCCGGGUUCCAGCAUGGCUGCCCCCAGGGCUGCGGCCUGGGAAGUCGCCGCGCUCUCGCUUUCCUGAAAGUCCAUGGCUUCUGUGCUCUCCUAGUCAUCCCCGGGCCACCCUAGCAGACAUGUUUGCCAAGGCCUUUCGGGUCAAGUCCAACACGGCCAUCAAGGGGUCGGACAGGAGAAAGCUUCGGGCUGAUGUGGCAACUGCUUUCCCCACCCUGGGGAGCAAUCAGGUCUCUGAGUUAAUACCAGGAAAGGAGGAGCUCACCAUUGUGAAGUUGUAUGCUCACAGAGGGGAUGCAGUGACUGUGUACGUGAGUGGCAGUAACCCCAUCUUAUUCGAACUGGAGAAAAAUCUGUAUCCAACAGUGUACAUGCUGUGGUCCUAUCCCGAUCUUCUGCCAACCUUCACAACAUGGCCUCCGGUACUUGAAAAACUGGCAGGGGGAGCAGAUUUGAUGCUGCCAGGUGUAGUGGUGCCCCCUGCUGGUCUCCCUCAGGUCCAGAAGGGCGACCUCUGUGCCAUUGCCCUGGUGGGGAACAGAGCCCCAGUAGCAAUCGGAGUUGCUGCCAUGUCCACAGCCGAGAUGCUGACCUCAGGCCUGAAGGGAAGGGGCUUCUCCGUGCUCCACACGUACCAGGACCACUUGUGGCGAUCUGGAGACAAGUCCUCUCCACCUUCCAUUGAUCCACUGGCACUGGAUCCUACAGAGCUCAGUGAAGAGAUGGGGUCUGUCCAGGAGGCUCCUGCCCUGCAGGGAGACAUGAGGCACCUGACCCUGGAGGGAGAGGAGGAGGUGGACAGGGAGGCUCACUCGGCCUGUGAGGAGAAGUCCCUUUUGGAAGCCUCAGAAGACACCAGUGCUGGGGCCCUGAACCCAGACUGCACAGCCAGCAAAACCCUUCAAGAGCAAAUGGAUGAACUGUUACAGCGAUGCUUCUUGCACGCUUUGAAGUGCCGAGUCAAAAAGGCCGACCUCCCUCUGCUCACCAGCACUCUCCUUGGCAGCCACAUGUUCUCCUGCUGCCCUGAAGGACAAUACCUGGACAUCAAGAAGUCAAGCUACAAAAAGCUCUCUAAGUUCCUGCAGCAAAUGCAGCAGGAGCAGGUUAUACAGGUGAAGGAGCUGAGCAAAGGGGUGGAGAGCGUUGUGGCUGUGGACUGGAAGCACCCAAGGAUCACAUCUUUCGUCAUACCCGAGCCCUCCCCGACCUCCCAGACUGUCCAGGAGGGUAGCAGGGAACAGCCCUAUCACCCUCCAGAUAUAAAAUCCCUCUACUGUGUCCCAGCCAGCAUGACCCUGCUCUUCCAGGAGUCUGGCCACAAGAAGGGGAGCAUUCUCGAGGGCAAUGAGGUCCGAACCAUCGUCAUUAACUAUGCCAAGAACAAUGACCUGGUUGAUGCGAACAACAAAAAUCUUGUCAAAUUGGAUCCCAUCCUGUGUGACUGCCUCUUAGAGAAAAAUGAACAACACACAGUCGUGAAGCUCCCAUGGGACAGUCUCCUGAGCAGAUGUUUCGAAAAAUUACAGCCGGCCUAUCAAGUGACCUUUCCAGGACAAGAGCCUGUUGUGAAGAAAGGGAAACUCUAUCCAAUUGACAUCACCCUCGCACAGAGAGCUUCGAAUAAAAAGGUGACUGUGGUCCGGAACUUAGAGGCCUACGGUCUGGACCCGUGCUCUGUGGCUGCCAUCCUGCAGCAGCGAUGCCAGGCUAGCACCACUGUCACUCCUGUCCCUGGGGCCAGGGACAGCCUCCAGGUGCAGAUCCAGGGGAACCAGAUCCACCACCUCAGCUGGCUGCUGCUUGAGGAGUAUCAUCUCCCUCGGAAACACAUCCAAGGCCUAGAAAAGGCCCCCAAGCCUGGCAAGAAGAAGUGACAGACCGUGUCGUGCGGUGGAUCCCGUGGAUAUCCAGGCUCAGGGCUGGUCAUUUAUACGAGCAGUUCCAGCUUUUGCAAAUAAAAAAUAUACUUCUUUACCAAAUAAAAUUUUUA